CUUCCCAGCAGCUGCCCUGGGCUAGUGGUGGCAUCUGGGUACCAGGCUCUGAGGUCAAAGAGGAUAGAGGCCAUCCCUGGGUACAACUUGCAUUUCCCUGGAGGUCCCUGGUGCUCUGUACCAGGGCAGAGGAUGUGAUGAAGUUAAGGAUUGUGGGGAGGAGCUUAUCCUGCAUUAUCCCCCUGGGUCCUAAAAGCCUCAUUUGUGUCUUCGUAAGAGAGAGGCAGGAGAAGGUGAUGCUGGGCCACAUGAAGAUGGAGCAGAUUCAGAUGAGGCCACAGCAAAGGGACGCCAGGAGCCAGGAGACGCUGGCUGAGACAAGGGUGCAUCCGUUCCCAGAGCCUUUGGAAGGAGUGUGGCUGCCACCCGGACUUUGGACUUGUGGCCUCCAGACCGAGGAGGCCACCCAGCGUGUGGCGCUUGGCCAGCUGCCCCGGGGGCACAGACAUGGGAGUGCUGACCUCUGCACCUCUGAUCUCCUGCUGUCCCGGCUGGUGUUUGCUGCUCUCCUGCCCACCUGGCCGAGCACAUUCCCCACGUCUCUUCCGUGCCCGUCUCUGUGCCCAGACACCCAACAGGGUCCAUCAUGCACCAGUGAGUCAAGUCAUUGUGGUGUGGACAUGGGGACAGACAGACUGGUCAGCAGGACAGAACAGGAAUCCCAGAGAUAUCCCCAGAUCAUCUUUGUCAAAGGCACAAAAAUGCAUCAGCAGGAAAGACAACAAUGGUACUGGGCAGACACCCACGGGCAAAAUGUGGGCCUUGACCUGUGUCUCACGCCUUGCACAGAAAUUAACUCGGGGCUGGUUGCAGAUUAACUGCAAAGGGUAAAUGAUAAAACUUAACAAAAAUUCACAGGAUCCCAGGUUAGGGGGAAAUUUUAAAUAUGGCAAUGGAGGUACAACCCACAAGAGGAAAGAUGGGUGAACCAGACUUCAAAAUUAAAACUUCUGCUCUGGAAAAA